GGCCUGGCUCCCCUGGGGCAUGGAGGAGAAGAGCACAGGGUGCCUCGGGGCCCCCGAGAAGCUGGGCCUGUCCUUCUCCAUCGAGUCCAUCCUCCGGAGGCCCUCAGGGCAGUGUGAUGAGACUGGGCCGGAGACCCCCCAGAAGCAGCCCCAGGCAGAGAGGAAGGCCCGACGCAGGGCCCGCACCACUUUCACCCCAGAGCAGCUGCAGGAGCUGGAGAAGAUCUUCCGUUUCACCCACUACCCCGAUGUCCACAUCCGCAGCCAGCUGGCCGCCAGGAUCAACCUUCCGGAGGCCCGGGUACAGAUCUGGUUCCAGAACCAGCGUGCCAAGUGGCGGAAGCAAGAGAAGAUGGGUGGCCUGGGCACCCCGCAGCAGCCGGGCAAGGCUGUCUCUGCCCUGCCUCCAAACCUGGACAUAGCUGGUCCCGUGCUGAUGGCCACUACGCUGCGAGGGCCUGCCACUCCCUCAGGAUGCUCCUUGCCUGCCCAUGGCCACCCAGCCCCUGCCUGGCUCCCUGCCAGGGUCUCUCUCCUGCUGCAGCACCCUUGGGAGGUGCAGCCUCUGCCGGGCCCACCUGUUGUGCAGCCCUGCACAUCUGCCCUCUGCGUCCUGCCUCUUCCACCCCCCAGCGGGGACAGUGUCUGCGCCACUUCCACCUAGGCAGUGAUGGCGGAGUGACCACAGCAUCUGGACCUCGGCAAAGUCAGACUCACAGACCAGUUGCUGAGCCAAUGUCCACAGUGGUGGCCACAGAGGACAGUGGGCUCCAGUGAGUGCCGGACGCCCAAGGCUGCACAUCCUCUGACUGUGGGACCCCUGCUAGCCCCUGGCCCCCUCUGGCUUCACCUGAACACUAAGCAGCUGCACAAGGUGACCUUGGGGACCCUUUUCUCCACAAGCCACGCAGAGCCCUGACGGGUCCAGGAAGGCGGGGGUCCAUGCUGUCCCUUAGUGCUAUCUGUGACACAUUUGGCCAGAGCGUGAUGCUGACUGUGCCCUGGGUGUAAGUCUGACUCUGCCUUCAAGGAUUCAGUGUGGACAUCACAGAGCCGGACAGAUAGCCCUCCAGAGUCUGGUUGUCCCACUGGACAGGAAGGCCCAGUGGCAGGGAAGCCUUUCCAGAGUCACCACCUUCCACAGGGCAGGGGCAGCUUGAAGCUACCUCCCUCAGUCCUGGGAAGUCUGAGAUUUCAAUCGGUUCUUUGUGUCCCUGCAGGAGAUCCUGGGGGAACCUCCACCCGGAGCCUCAGUUUCCCUUUCUGUAAAGUGGACCAGUGACUCCCCGGCCUGCACUGCUGUGCCCUGUGGAGCAAUACCCUUAUUCCCAAGUCCGCAGGGUCCUGCCUGCUGCGGGGAUGGGGCCUCUCCCUGAGGCUGGGCAGUCAGCAGUCAGGGAACUCUAGGGACGUCCCCUGAGCCCAGAGCUCCUGCAGCUCCCUGAGCUGGUCCUUAGACUUCGCCCCCUCCAACAUUCCAAGCACCCUUGCCUCUGAGCCUUCUAGGCCUCAGUUUCCACACCUGUGACAGGGAGGUGGCAGCACCAGCUCUGCCUUCAGUCAGCCAGGGCCAGGGCUGCAGCUCAAGGUAUGGACCGGGCGUCCUGGCCUCACCGUGGGGUCUUCAUCCUGUGGGGCUGCUGCUUCCUCCCUUAGGAUUUUUCCCCAAGAAUUAUUUUAUUCCCUCCAAAUGCAUGGAACAAAGAAAUCGCCUUAGACUCUUACCAGCUGUGUGACCUCUGGGCAAGCGAGCCACCACUCUGUGUGCUCCUUCGCCCAGCUCUCGCCACCCAGUCACUGUGACAGCAAAAUGAGCUGAUGCCCAGCGGACGCAUGGCACUGGGCGUACGCAUGGCACUCGGCGUUAGUCAUGAGAGAAGUCCCUUCCCCGAGGCCCCCUGCUCCAUCCCGGGAGUGAUUCACCCAGUUUCUGAGAGGCCAAGGAACACCCAGAAGAUCGUGCAGAAUUCUGCCUGGCCAUGUGUUCACGUUCCCAGAGAAAGGGCUUCACUGCUUUCGUGAGUUUUUCUAAGAGCUCUGAGACUUAAAAUUAGUGAGCGCCAGGUCGAGCCAGGCUCAGACGCGCUGUGAGCCCACAGACAGAAGUUCAAGCAGAACUGCUUUGCAGAGGUAAAAGCAUGUAAAUGUUGCUUCUGUUUCAAUGUGCCCCAAAAGUGGGUGUUAGAGAUGUGUUGCCAUGGAAACGGUGUCCGAGCUGGACCUCGUGGGUUGUAGCCGUGGCACUCUGCCUGUGGCAGGACGUCUCGCUGUGGGAGUGGCUUCCCCACAGGGUGACAAGGGGGCCCUUUCCUCCAUCUCUCCCCGGGCUCGCUCUCCCCUGAGCCCGCUUUGCCUUUCCACAUGGGGCGACUCUGCAAGGCCCUCCAGACGCCAGCCCUCGACCUCAGUUCCCAGCCUCCAGAAUCUCGAGGCCAUAAAUUUCUGCUUGUUACAGAACACCACUUUAUGCCAUUCUGACACAGUGGCAUAAACUGGACUGGGAAAUACAAAGUGAGCAGGGGCUGGGGCUGUACUGAGCUCAGUAACCGCCGAGGGAACCUCUAAGGUGUGGUAACCAGGCCAGAGGCCAGAUGCCCGUGUACACAACCUGGAACACCGAGAGGAAUCCCAGGCAUACCUAGGGAUGGGAAUAGUCGAUUUAAUCCCCAACAUGAUUGGUUUGCAUUACUACUGACCAGAGUCAUUUGCCUUACGAAGUUUUUAUUAUCGUACACUAAAAGUAGCUGAAAAGAGGCAGGCAUCUGGGAGAGUGUGAGAGGUAGAACCUUCUGUUACAUCACCGGAGAUAGGACCCAGGCCCUCACCCCAGCCUUCUCCCUAAGCUUUGCAGGCUGAGCUCUGCCUCGGUCUGCUGCUCGGCCUGCUGAGUAAACGGGCUCACAGGCGCACACCUGUUCCCGUUAAAUUUUAUCUCCCAUUUCAACAUCUUUCAGAUUUUUCCCACCAUAAAGUUACUUUUAUCUCCUUGACUCCACUUUCCUCAUCCAUUAAAUGGAGAUGAGGCUAAGAGGCCACCCCCGGAGACUUGCUCAGCGACACAAGUGAAGGUUCCCACCUGUCAACCCACGGUAUGAAGGGAAGACUCUGUUAUUUAUUGCUUUUCCAGCUCCUCUAGAACACGUCUGCAAAGUGCUUAGCGGUAGAGUAACAUUUUCUUAAUAUCCACUGACCUUUCAGGGUUCUAUUUUUUAAAAAGCAAACCAAGCAAUAGAAAGUGGACAAAAGGCCAAGACAAGAGUUUCAAAAGAAAGUCCAGGAGAAUAUUCUCAACCUCGGGCAUAAUUAAAAAUGUAAAUA